GGGCGGAUCUGGUCUGAGCUGCAGAGGGAAAAACAGGAGCAUGUUAGCAGCCUGGUCCAGAAACAGAGGCACGGUCUGACAGCGCGUCCUAACAUCCAGCAGCAGCAGCAGCAGCAGCAGCUCCCUGUGACAAUGAAUGAGAUCAAAUUGGCUGUGUUAGGAACUGAUGGAGUUGGGAAAUCCGCUCUGAUUGUUCGGUUUCUGACCAAGCGGUUUAUCGGCGAAUAUGCUUCCAAUUCCGAGUGCAUCUAUAAAAAACGAUUAAGCAUAGAUGGAAGACAAAUUAAUUUAGAAAUAUUUGACCCUUGUUCCCAACGUUCUGAUAGUAAAUCCUCGUUGAUUGAUCAAGUAAACUGGGCUGAUGGGUUUGUUGUGGUGUACGAUAUUGGUGACCGGUCCUCCUUUGUGUCUGCAAAAGCACUUAUUAGACGAAUCCGUGAACUAAGUAGUGAAAUUUGCAAGCGGGAAGUUACGUCAGUGAUAUUUCUAGUUGGCAACAAACAAGACCUGUGCCAUGUGAGAGAGGUGAGAGAGGAGGAAGGACUGCUCUUAGCUGGGGAAAACAAAUGUCACUUUUAUGAACUUUCAGCGGCUGAGCACCACCAGGAAGUGGCAAUAAUGUUUGCAAAGGCAAUCAGGAAUGCAAGUGGGAGCCGCAGGAGAAGACCAAGUGGUUCAAAAUCAAUGGCUAAGUUAAUUAAUAAUGUAUUUGGUAAAAGAAGGAAAUCUGUGUAGCAUGACACAAGCUUCUUCAUACUGAUGUAUAUUGUAUGCUCAAUAAUAUCUGGUAUUUCAUUUUUCCCUAACCACAAUUUGUAUUAAAGUUAAUUGAUUCAGAUUGACAGAGAAGGAAACCCAGAAUGUUACAACCAAUUGAAUGUUACAUUAACAGUUGAAAAACACCCAACUUAAUGGGGUAGGUCUGAUGGAGUCUUCUGACACAAAUCAGUGAGUAGAGAACAUUCACUCGUGCUGCAAAUGGGGCAUAUGGAUUCUCUGCUCAAAAGCCUAAAAUUCACUCCCAACAUGUAAAGCAUUUGCUAGAGGUGCUAAUUUGUAACCUAUCUUCAAAUGUAAUAUACUGAUCCAUUGUCGGUAAGUUUCUAAUACAUAUUGGUACUUUAUAUCAAAUACACUACAAGUGCAAUCAAAUAUAAAAAUGUAUUAUAUUUUGAUAACUAUUUAAGUGUACAUCAUUUCGUGGAAGAUCACCAAUAAAUCUUAAGCUUGACACAUGCAAAACCAAAACCCUUUAUACUUACAACUCACAUUUUUUCAAGAUGAAAUUUCACUUUUCUGUCACACUUGAACAAUAUUAGCAGCAUGUGUUGGGUACAUUAGUACAUUUACAAUGUAAAAUUUAUGUCACAACAGGUGUAAAUAUGUGAAACUUCUGUAAAUCACAAAUAAUACUCAGAUCAUAUUGUCCAAGUUUAUGGAAAUAAAGAACUUUGCCAAUUCCA